AUGCAAGAUGCCACCCUGGCCGCGAUCGAAUGGAAUUUCCAUAUCGAGCUCAUGGAAGCCUGCAGUACAUGCAACAUGAACGCAUUAUCUGCGAAUGGCCCAUGUCUGAGCAAUGGAUCGGAAGGAAAGUGA